AUGCUGUUGGGUUUUGUUGGAUUUGUUGGAUCUGUUGUGCUGUUGGGUUUUGUUGGGUCUGUUGUGCUGUUGGGUUUGUUAGAUCUGUUGGGUCUGUUGGAUCUCUUGGGUUUGUUGGGUCUGUUCAAUCUGUUGGGUUUGUUGGGUCUGUGGGUUUGUUGGAUUUGUUGGGUUUGUUGGAUCUGUUGUGUUGUUAGGUUUUGUUGGGUCUGUUAUUUUCUUGGGUUUGUUGGAUCUGUUGUGCUGUUGGGUUUGUUAGGUCUGUUGGGUCUCUUGGAUCUCUUGGGUUUGUCAGGUCUGUUCGAUCUGUUGGGUCUGUUGGGUUUGUUGGGUCUGUUGGGUUUGUUGGAUCUGUUGGGUUUGUUAGAGCUGUUGGAUCUGUUGGGUUUAAUGGAUCUGUUGGGUUUGUUGGAUUUGUUGGGUUUGUUGGAUCUGUUGUGCUGUUAGGUUUUGUUGGGUCUGUUAUUUUGUUGGGUUUGUUGGAUCUGUUGUGCCGUUGGGUUUGUUGGAUUUGUGGGAUCUGUUGGAUUUGUUGAGUUUGUUGGAACUAUUGGGUUUGUUGGAUCUGUUGUGCUGUUAGGUUUUGUUGACUUUUUGGAUCUGUUGUGCUGUUGGGUUUGUUGGAUCUGUUGGGUUUGUUGGAUCUGUUGGCUCUGUUGGGUCUGUUGGAUCUGUUGGGUUUGUUGGAUUUGUGGGAUCUGUUGGAUUUGUUGAGUUUGUUGGAUCUGUUGGGUUUGUUGGAUCUGUUGUGCUGUUAGGUUUUUUUUGACUUUUUGGUUCUGUUGUGCUGUUGGGUUUGUUGGAUCUGUUGGGUUUGUUGGAUCUGUUGUGCUGUUAGGUUUUGUUGGAUCUGUUGGGUUUGUUGGAUCUGUUGGGUUUGUUGGAUCUGUUGGGUUUGUUGGAUCUCUUGGGUUUGUUGGAUUUGUUGGAUCUGUUGUGCUGUUAGGUUUUGUUGGGUCUGUUGUUUUGUUGGAUCUGUUGGAUUUGUUGGAUUUGUUGCAUCUAUUGGGUUUGUUGGAUCUGUAG